AUGACCAUUUCAGAGAUAAACGAAGAAGAUAGACAAUGGGAAGGCCCAUGUUCUCAAUUGAUGCAAAAUUCUUUCAUAUUCCAGGCAAAGAUUGCCGAACAGGUACCAAAGGUGAUAAAUGGGAAUGGAAUUAGAAUCACAGUGGAAAACCCUGAAAAUGGCAAAAUUACUGACGUCAUUGAUGGUAUGACUGGGGCUGCGGUUGGGUCUUUGGGAUGGGGCGAUCCAGAAGUGGUUGAAAUAAUCAACAGAGCAGCCCGUAACACGUUUUAUUCUUACCCUGCCAUUUUGGGAAAUGAAUACUCCGAAGAAUUGGCUAAGUUUUAUAUAUCCAACUCUCCUCCGAAUGCAUUUGCAGCUGCUUUGUGGACUCUGUCAGGAUCUGAAGCAAAUGAAAAUGAAUUGAAGAUUAUACGGCAAUACCAUGUUGAAAAGGGAAAUUUCAACAAAACCAAAUUCAUAUCACGAAAGACUUCAUAUCAUGGGUUCACAUUAGGUGCAUUAUCUAUAAGCUCGAAUGCUAGAGCUGAAAUGUUCCAGGAAAUUUUGUUGCCCCAAAAUCAGUGCUUGAAAAUGGAGGCCUGCUAUCCAUAUCGUAACAAAGCCGAUAAUGAAACAUUAGUACAAUACUCUGAUCGCUUAUUAUUAGAACUAGAAAUGAUGAUAUUGAAGGAGGACCCAAAAACUAUAGGUGCUGUCAUAUUAGAAACAUUACCUGGUACGUCAUUGGGUACUUCUCCCCCUACCCCAGGGUACUUACUGGGAAUUAGAAAACUUUGCACCAAAUAUGAUAUCUUAUUCAUGUUGGACGAGGUUAUGUGUGGAACAGGUAGAGCAAAUCCUAAUGGGGGUCUCAACUGCUGGGAAAAUUAUCUAUCUCCAGAAGAAGGACCAGAUAUUCAGAGCGUGGGAAAAACUCUAGGCUCGGGUUAUGUCACCAUUGCUGGUGUUUUGUUAAGCCCAAAAGUAAGAAAUGUUUUCAUCGAAGGGUCAGGGAGUAUUCUUGGUUCUCAUACUUACUCUUGUCAUGCCUUCAAUUGCUUUGUUGCGUUGGAAAUACAAAAGAGAGUCAAGAAGCUUAAAUUAACAGAGAAUAUUUUCAAGAUGGGUAACUACAUGGGUGAGUUAUUAAUAGAAAAAUUAGUGGAUACUGCGAUAGUUGGUGACAUUAGAGGUCUCGGGGGGUUCUGGAGUCUAGAACUUGUCAAAAAUUCUCAAACAAAGGAAAUUUUUCCUCUAUCAUCAAAUAUGGCAUAUCGUUUGCAGGAUAAAUGUUUCGAAAAUGGUCUAAACAUUAUGGGCACUCAGGGAUGUGCCAACGGAUCUGGCGAUAUUAUUCUACUAGCACCCGCAUUCAUCGUAACAAAAGAUGAUAUUGAGGCAAUUGUUCAUAUUGUUUACAUGUCUAUAAAAGAUCUUGAGCAAGAGUUAAUGGAUGAAGGCAUUUUGUAA